UCUGCAUAAUUUGGAGGUUGGUUGUUAAACUUAUUUCUGCGUUGGAUAAAAGUGCGCUGAGUGUCGUUUGGGUAAAGCUUAUAUAAAAUGGGAAAACGUCGGACGCAGUCCCUAAUCGAUUCCAAUUCGAGCGAUAGUGAUUCGGACACAAAUUUGGAGUCGGACUUGUUAUCACUGGCAAAAAAGAGGAAGAAGCCCGGCAAUGCCAAUAAAGCGUCCACUUCCAAGUCUGACUCUGACUCAGACUGGGCGAACAACAAAACAGGCACCCAUGCCGCAAAGAAGAAAAAAAGAACAAAAAAGGCGAGCAGAGAGUCGAGUUCGUCGGAAGAGAACUGGGAUGAUGAUAGCCAGGAUGAGGCGCUGGUGCAGUUGCCAGCUGCGGAUAAGCAACCGCAAAAUGAAGCGAAUUCGGCCAAACUCAGCGAGCACGAAGAGGGUGAGGUGUCUGAUAGUGACUCAGACAGUGGAAAAUCGAACUCGUCGUCAGCAUCGGAUUCGUCAAGUUCGUCCUCAUCAAGUUCCGAUUCUGAGUUCGAUGACGGGUACGACGAUGAUCUUAUGGGCGACGAGGAGGACCGAAAGCGUCUAAACGGUCUGUCGGAAAAAGAGCGAGAAACAGAAAUUUUCAAAAGAAUCGAGCAACGCGACCUGAUGAGAACAAGGUGGGAGAUCGAAAGAAAGUUAAAGCUUGCACGACGUGGGGAGAAGAACGAAAAGUCCAAGUCAAAAAGUGAACGUGCAAAGAAAAAAUCCAAAAAUAAGGAGAAGAUAAAAAAAGCAAAAGAUUUGAUACCACCAACACCGGUGUCGCCAUUGCCGCAAAAUGAACCCAAUACCAACAAUACCGAGAUGCGGACCUUAGCCAAGAGCCCCUCUCCAAUAUUAUCUAACCGGGAAGUGGCCUCAAUGUCAGGGGCACUUGGCGGCUCCGCUGAUGGCAGCCCCGAUGAACAAGCUGCAGGCGGCGUGUCUGACUAUUUUGAUCAUAAGGAGCGGUCAAAAGAGCGCAAAAAGAAUGUGGAAGCCAAUAAAACCGACGAUAAAAGAAGCAAUGCAAUGGCCUUGCUGAAGGCUAAACGUGAAGGAAAAGCUAAACGAGAGGAAGAGGAAGCAAAGCGGCAAGCGGAACGUGAGCGGGAUGAUGAAAAAGAAGAGUUGGAGAGUGUUUCUGGUUGCAAAUCGGCUGUAAAACUGAAAGCAUCCGAGAUUUAUUCAGAUGAUUCCGGCAGCAGUGAUUGGGAUGAGGAUGAAAAGCCAACAGGAAAGCGAUCUCGUUCCAAUAGCAGUAAAGCGACAAGCGAGUCGGAGGACGACGAGAAGGCGACCAAAAGCCCUGUCUUUAUAACCACCCGUGAGGAUUUGAACAAGUUGCGCCUUUCGCGGUUUAAAAUGGAGCGCUUCGUUAAUCUACCAAUUUUUGAGAAUACAGUUAUAAACUGUUUCGUUCGCAUCAGUAUAGGCAACAAUGGGCAGAAGCCAGUUUACCGGGUCGCUGAGAUAGUUGGUGUUGUUGAGACGGGAAAAAUAUAUACUUUGGGCACAACUCGAACCAAUCGGGGACUGCGUCUGAAGCAUGGCACACAGGAGCGCGUUUUCCGCCUAGAGUUCAUAUCAAAUCAGGAGUUUACGGAAAAUGAAUUCAACAAAUGGUUCGAAGUGUGUCAACAACAGAAAGUGCCAAUGCCAACAGUUGACCUAAUCGAUAUAAAACAGAACGACAUUAAGAAGGCGCUCAACUACGAAUUCAAGGACGAAGACGUCGACAAAAUCGUUGAAGAAAAAAAUCGCUUCCGCAACCGUCCAACAAACUAUGCCAUGAAAAAGACCUGCCUAAUGAAGGAGCGUGACGCGGCAAUGUUGCGGGGCGAUUACGAUAUUGCGCAGGACCUAGGCCAGCAAAUAGAAGAGCUAGAGAGCCGUGCUUCCGAACUAGACAAAAAACGUUCCAGUAGCUUGAGUCUAAUAUCAUACAUCAACGACCGAAAUCGGAAACGCAAUGUUGAGGAUGCUGAAAAGGCCAUUAUGGAAGAGGCUCGUGCGAAUAAGGGCAUGAAGAUUUCUGAUCCGUUUACUCGACGUAUUACUCAGCCCCGAAUGGGUUUCAAAGGCUCCAAAAAGGACGAAGAUGAUGUAUUACCGGCUCCAUUACCACCACCACCUCCAGGGAAGAAGAGGCCAAAUGAAGCACCGACUACCAAACCAACGGACAGCAAAGAUUACAGCUUGUACUCUUUACACGACUUUGACAUCGACCUAGAUGUACCAUUACCAGUAAACAGCGCUAAUGCGGUGCCGAAGCCUGCGAACAAACCAUCAGAAACCGUGUCAAAACGUUCGUUAAACUUAGAAGAUUACAAAAAGAAACGAGGUCUUAUUUAGCUGCUUAAUUCAAAUAAUUAAUAUAAUGACAGUUGUUCGUGUGCUUUCAUCAUAGGUUAGUGGUUUUAAUUAAAUUUUUGAUACAUAGUCGAUCAAUGUGAAAAGUUAGUCACUAUUAGUUUUCGCAUUCAACCAGAAAAUUAGUUAAUGCUCGGAUUUCGCAGUUGGCGAAUUUAUCACCAAUAAGUAUAAUUUAUAAAUUGUAAUUUGUAUUCCUAUCAUAAAAGAUAGUCCGUAUACAUAUAUAUAUAAUCGAUAAGUUUUUUUUGUUUUUAACUACAGACCGCAAUCUUUUACAUUUAAAGAGAGCACCUUGUUUUUCGCAUUGAAUCUGUUUCGAUCUUUAAGAACUGGCCAACACAUACAUAGAUACACGCGCGCAUAUAUACUAUAUAAAUAUACUGUUGAUUUAUGUUCUAGGUAUAUUUUUUAUUUUUAUUUAUAAACCAUAUUUAGAUAAAAUGUACAAUCAGUUGACACACGAAACGUAAUUAUGACAUUAAUCAUAUUAACGCUCUCAAUCAGUUUUAGAUUGCAUAAUUUGUUUCCUUUUUAUUAGGAUUAAGCUCAAUAUAUUGUGUAUGUAUUAGUUGUUGUAUACCAGCAAUGUUCAAUUAACCUACGUAUAUUAAAUAUGUUCUUGUUUGUAGCAAUCAAGAACGCGAUUUGUAAUAAAAAUCUAUCCAUGAAAUUAA